GCACGUACGACACUCUACACUCACAAACAUCAACAUGGGCAAGCCUUCAGCAAAGGCCCUAGGAAAGAGGAAGGCUCCAGGUGGAGGAGAAGGAGCGCCUAAGAAGUCCAAGCCCGGCAAGCCAGCCAAGGGCAAGGCCACCACCGGCUUCGGCGCCGACGAUGUGGAGCGCGCGGACCGCGGGCCAACAGGCAAGCCGAAGCGCCGCCCCGAUCAGCCCAAGAAGGUCAAGCUGCGUGACCAGAAGGUCAUCCCUGUGCCGAAGACGGCGUUCGCUUCCGACGGCGAGGACGACAGCGACGACGACAUCAUGGACAUGGACCUGGGCGAGGAGGAGGGGCUGGAGGUCGGCACCGCGGGAGGGUUCUUGGCUGGACUGGAUACCAAGGCUUUGUCAAGGACGACCAAGGAGACGAAGCGCAUCCAUGCGAAUGAGAAGAGCCGAUCGAACUUCCCUACAAAGGCGAAGAAGGCUCCGUCGGUUGCCUCGGCGUCAGACAUCUCGGACUAUGACUUUGACUCGGACAUCGAGUUUUCGGACGACGAGGAGCUCGGCGCAGGGUACGACGACGAGGAUGAUGAGGAGGAUGACGAUGAGGCCGACGGCUCGGAUGACGACGAGGACGAGGACGCCUCUGACUCUGGCUUCGACUCUGAGCUGAACGCCGGGUACGACAACAUCUCCGACAUCUCCGAUCUCGACGAUGAGGACGACGGCGCCGACCACCCGAAGCGCAAGAAGCGGGCGGAUUCCGAGGAGGCCGAGUACGAGAUGGCUGGCCGGUCGCGGUGGGCGGCAAAGGAGGAGACCAAAGAGGACGACAUGGUCGAGGUGGGCCGACUGCCCAUCAAGCUGCCUACCGGCGAGGUGCAGCUCGUGGAGGGAAGCACCAAGUUCCAGAAGCCGCAGCCCAAGAAGCCUGCCGCUCCCAAGCCUGUCGAGCCCGAGUCGGAGGAAGAGUCGGAGGACGACGCGUCCGACGUCGACGCCGAGGCCGAGCGCAUGGCUGCCCAGCCUGGCCGUUUCGGACGGAUGGGCGUCGCGGAGAUCGUUGCGGCCAAGGGGUGGAAGACGGCCCAGCGAAUGGCGGCGGCCAAGGAGCAGAUGGCGACCAUUGGUGCCGAGGUGCUCGGCGGCGGCGAGCUCAUCGACGUCGCUCCCAUCCUCACGCGUCUGUCGACCUUCUCCCUGCCGACCGUGCCGAACCCCGAGGGAGACGGCACGCUGCCCGUCCCCAAUUCGGUCCGUGCGCUCGGUAUGCUCUCCCUGCUUGCCGUGUACAAGGACCUCAUCCCCGGCUAUCGCAUCCGUGCGCUCACAGCUGCUGAGGAGUCCGAGAAGGUCCGUGACGAGGUGCGCAGGAUGCGCGAGGGCGAGAAGCUGCUUGUGAGGAACUACAAGACGUACCUCAAGUCUCUGGAGGCCGAAGUCAAGGGCAAGAGUCCUCUCGGCUCCGUGGCGCUUAAGUGUAUGGCCGAGCUCCUUGUCUCGGCGCCCCACUUCAACUUCUCCGAAAACAUCAUGGGCGUGCUAGUCGGACGCAUCGGCCGCAGGUCAUGGGACGACGACUCGGAGCUCAUCCUGAACUCGUUCGUGUCCGUCUUCCGGUCCGACAACACGUCGACCUACUCGCAGGCACUCGUCCGUCUGAUUGCUCGUAUGAUCAAGGAGCGCAAGUUCCAGGUCCACCCCAAUGUUCUGUCCUGUCUUCUGCACCUCCGCCUGCGCACCGAGCUCUCGGCGAUGUGGGAGAAGAAGAAGGGCAAGGGACGCGACCGCCGCGAUCAGCCCGAGAAGAAGUUCAAGUCGGAGAUCAGGAAGCAGUGGCAGACCAAGAACCAGCGCAAGCGCGAGAAGGAGCUCAAGGAAAUCCAGAAAGAAAUGGCCGAGGCUGAGGCUGAAGUGGAUCUGGAGGAGAGGCAGAACACUCAAACAGAAACUCUCAAGAACCUCUUCGUCCUCUACUUCUCCAUCCUCAAGUUCCCCGGCCGCUCACCACUACUUCCAGCCGGUCUCGAGGGUAUCUCGCACUUUGCCCACCUCAUCAACAUUGACUUCUUCCGCGACCUGCUGCAGGUGCUGCGCAAGAUCAUUGCCGACACACUAGACUCGGAUGACGACGAGCUCGACGUUGUCGGCUCACAUAAGCGCGUGCGUACGCGCAUGCUGGGCAUCGUGACGGCGUUCGACCUGCUCUCUGGACAGGGUGAGGCGCUCAACAUCGACUUGAGCGAUUUCGUCAACGAGCUGUUUGUGCUCCUCCGCCCAUUGGCACUCGACACUGGCAUUGAGGACCCGCCAGAGAUGACUCAGGCGACAGCACAGGCGGCCGCAGUGCAGCGCAACGCUGGCGUCAAGCGUGCAAGCGCAGACAGGCCACCAGCACACACGCUCUCGACCUCGGCACUCCUCUUCAGGUGUCUCGAGAGCGUCUUCUUCCCCCGCUGGUUCGGCGCCAGCGCUUCCGCCCCUCCUCUCCGCGCAGCAGCCUUCGCCAAGCGCAUGUGCGAGUGCGCGCUCUUCUUCCCGCCCGCGACGGCGCGCGAGGCCCUCAACUUUGUGCGCCGCCUCGCGACCAAGGAGACCAAGCUCGCCAACCUCCUCGACACGGAGGAGCGCAUGUUCGACGGAGUGUACCGCCCCGAGAUGGACGACCCGCAGCUCACGAACCCUUACACGACUAGUCUGUACGAGCUCGACGGGUUGGCCGAGCGUCACUGGGAGCAGAAGGUCAAGGCGGAGGCGAAGCGGUUGCGGGACGCGCAGUUUGUCAGCCCCACCACAAUGCCCAAGAACCUCGUCGUCUUCGACUUUGACUGGUCCUUCGUGGACCAGGACACGGACCGCUGGGUCUUCGAGGUGCUGAGCACCAAGCUCCGCCGCGCGCUGCAGCAGCGCAAGACGAACGGAAGCCAGUGCACGCCUGAUGUUGUCGACCAGACCAUGGCGGACCUCUUCGACGCCGGCUUCAAGAAGGAGCAGGUGCUCGACGCGCUGAGGAUCCUUCCCUUCCACCCCGCCAUGCGCCGCGCCGUCACGGCCCUCAAGGACCGCGGCGAGACCGACUUCCUCUGCCUGUCCAACUCGAACGUGGUGUACAUCGGGACGAUUCUUGAGCACCACAACCUCACCACGCUCUUCAACGAGGUCAUCACCAACCCCGCCCACUGGGCCGGCGACCGCCUGCACAUUGGCCGCCGUGUGCCCGCCGACGGCCCGCAGCACACGUGCAAGGUCGGCUGCCUGGCAAACAUGUGCAAGGGCGACGAGCUGGACGCGUGGGUCGCUGCCCACGGCGGCAAGGACAGCUACGAGAAGAUCGUGUACGUCGGCGACGGCGGCAACGACUUCUGCCCGCUCCUGCGCAUGCGCAAGGGCGACGUCGCGUGCGUCCGCAAGGACAUGGAGCUGCACGGCCGCGUUAAGGAGGAGGGCGAGCAGGAGGGCCUCAAGGUCGAGGUCAAGCUUUGGGACCAGGCUUGGGUCAUUGACGAGAUCUUCUCCGAGCUCUAAGCACGAGUCUAACGGGUUGACGUACAAAAUGCCUCAACGCCAGAGUAGAUGUAGAGUAGUAGCAUGCAAUGUAGAUGGGGUAAUG